UCGCAGAAGAUUGUCCCUCGACACACACCGUACGUCACCGUACGAUGCUUUGAGAAGCUAAAGCUUUCACAUUAGUCAGUCCUCUCUCGUCUUCGUUAACUUCUUCGCCUGAAUAUAAUCAGGUUUUGAGCAUUGUGGACUUCUCUGCACCUGUCAACAUGGUCAACGUACACAAAGGUGUCCUUGUUGAGUGUGAUCCUGCCAUGAAACAGUUCCUCCUCUACCUGGAUGAAACAAUGGCCUUGGGAAAGAAGUUCAUCCUCAAGGACCUUGAUGACACACAUGUCUUUAUCCUGGCAGAGGUGGUUCACACCCUCCAGGAUAGAGUUGGCGAGUUAAUGGACCAGAAUUCAUUCCCCAUCACGCAGAAAUAACUUUUUCAAAGAACUGUCUAUUCUUGGACUACAGACUCUUCAUGAAAUGAACACUGCAAUGUUUUAAAUGCAGACUGAAAUAGAAAAAUUGCUGUAUUUUUUUGUUAUAUUACUGUGAAAAAACUGUAAGUAAAAAACAGAGCAUUUUGCUUCUUGGUUGCACCAUG